UUAUUCUUUCCCAAAACCCUUUCCUCUACCCUGUCCAAACUCAAAAGAAGAAGUCAGCCGACUUUAAAAACCUUUGUAAUUUCUAACAAACAAUUUUUUUAACCUCUGCCGCCCUACCAGACAGCCACUGCUGUGCAGCCACCACCGUAAGUUUCUGGUAGCAGCUUCUCUAUCCGCCAAGGGCAUUACUUUGGCUGCCAAUUAAAUCACUAUGGCGUACCAAGGGGGAAACUUGAAGUCCACUGCCAUAAAUGGAGUGAAGAUGUAUACUGUCGCUGGCCAACAUCGUUCUGUGGCUACAUGGAUUCCUCCUAAGAAGCAAAGAGCCCUUCGUAAAGAUCCAGGUUAUAUGACAAGAGUGGAUCUGAUUCAAGAUUUGAGAUUUGAAACUGCAACAACAAGAAUUAAAGUGACCCCUGACGGGGAGUAUCUCAUCGCCUCAGGUAUCUACCCACCACAAGUUAAAGUGUAUGAGCUGCGGGAGCUGUCAUUGAAGUUUGAAAGGCAUUUGGUGUCAGAGAUUGUUAACUUUCAAGUCUUAGGUGAUGACUACUCAAAAAUAGCAUUUCUUUGUGCUGAUCGUUCUGUUUGCCUCCAUGCAAAAUAUGGAAGUCACUACAAAUUGCGGAUUCCAAGGAUGGGAAGGGAUAUUGAUUAUGAUUGCUGGUCUUGUGAUUUGCUUUGCGCGGCCUCAUCACCAGAUCUCUACAGAAUAAAUUUGGAGCAGGGACGCUUCCUUUCCUCACUGAGCACACGAUCUCCAGCACUUAAUGUGGUUUCACGGAGCAAGGUCCAUGGAUUAGUUGCUUGUGGAGGCGAGGAUGGUGCUCUCGAAUGCUUUGACAUGAGAGCAAGAUCUUCAGUUGGCAGGAUAAAUGCUGUUGCGCCUGCUGGGGAUGGGGACCAGGAGGUUACCGCGAUAGAGUUCGAGGGAGAUGGAGGUUACCUCAUGGCAGUUGGAAGUAGUGAUGGAAAGGUUCUGAUUUAUGAUUUGCGAUCUUCUCAACCUAUGCGGAUAAAGGAUCAUAUGUAUGGGAGCCCGAUACUGAACAUCAAGUGGCAUAAAACGCUAAACACUGAACGAACAAAGUUAAUAACUACUGACAGCCACAUUGUUAGGAUUUGGGACCCUGAGACGGGAGAAGGCAUGACAAGCAUUGAACCGACGGGUGGGAGAAUCAAUGAUUUGUGUGCAUUCACUGGCAGUGGAUUGAUGUUGUUGGGUCUUGACUCCAGUCAAAUACCUUCAUAUUUCAUACCUUCUCUGGGACCUGCACCCAAGUGGUGCUCUUACCUUGAAAACCUGACGGAAGAGCUUGAGGAGCAACCCCAAACAACUAUUUAUGAUGAUUAUAAAUUUUUGACAAAGGAAGAUCUGGAAAAGUUGAAUUUGACCAAUUUGAUUGGAACCAACCUUCUAAGAGCUUAUAUGCAUGGUUACUUCAUCGAUUAUCGGCUGUAUAAAAAGGCACAAACGUUGUCAAAUCCAUUUGCUUAUGAUGAGUAUAUAGAGCAGCGGAAGAAGGAAAAAUUCGAAAAAGAGCGUGAUGGUCGUAUCACGAUUAAGAGGAAGCUUCCUAAAGUUAAUCGCAAUCUGGCUGAAACUCUUGAGAAUGAAGAAGCUGACAAUUUGAAGGAGGAUGUUGAUGGUGUUGAUUCGAAGAAGACAGCAAAGAAGAAGAAAGGACUGACCAGUGACAUAAUGAAAGAUGAACGUUUCAAGAGCAUGUUUGAAAUUAGGGACUUCGAAAUUGAUGAAAAUUCUCACGAGUAUCGGGCAUUGCACCCUAUGCCUUCCUUAAAGAAACCAUCUUUAGUGGAGGAGCAUUUUGAGCCAGUGAUGGGCGGUGAGGAGCCUAGUGAUUCUGAUGCGUCUGCAGCAUCAGAAGAUGAACAAGUAAAUGAAAAAAAUUCUAGAAAGAAGUCCAAAGUUCCGAGAAUGUAUGAAGUCAAGGAUGAGAGGCAUGCAGAAGCAUUCAGGAACCAUGUUUCACUUACAAAGGAAGAUGCUCUUCCACUGGGUGAAAGGGUUGCAGCUUUGUCGAAUGACCGAGCUUCUCGUGAUAUGAACAAUAUCAAGGUGGGGCCCGGAGGUUCAAGAGAAGUUUCCUUUGUUUCCAGAAGUUCAGCGAAGUAUGUGGAAGAUGAUGGAGAGAGGGAAACACGAACUGAAAAGAGAAGAGGGAUCCAGUCCUUGAAACUGAAGCCUGAGAGAUCAGGUUUUCAGGGAUCGGGUUCCCGAGGCCGGGGGAGAGGAAGGGGAAGAGGAAGAGGUCGUGGAAUGGGCAGAGGAAGAGGGAGACGAUAAAUUUUACAUACAGUAUUAACAACUACUUUUGUGUCAAAAGGCUAUCAGGAGCAUCAUUAUUUAUUGUUGCAAAUCGUGAUACAUCCAAAGUGCUCUUUCUCCAGAAGAAAUAGCAAAAAGUGCUUAAUCUGGAGGCCGUUGACAAAAAGUUUACACUGGAGAAUUAUGGGAUGUAGUGCAUACAUCGGACAAGGUCUAUGUGAGCAGUUGAUAGGUUGGUACAAGACAUUGUGUCUUGGAUCUAUAUGCUUUGUUUGUGUGAUGUUUGCAUCAAAAUUUUGUUUAUAGAGAUGUAAGAUAGAAUAUCUGUGCACUGCUCAAUUGACGUGUGAGGAAAAUUCUUGUAGUUCUGUCCAACUAUGUUCAGGGCCUCUGUUCUUUUCUUCUAGUAUUCUUUUGGUGGCUUAAUAUCUAUUUGAUUAAUCGAUACCCCUUCUGUA